CACGCGGUUUGUGGUAGCAAAGUUUCAAUCCGAUUGGACGCUGUGCGCCGUAAACCGUGGUGGUAUUAGAACACAUGGGCGCUAGGACAGCGUGCUGCUGAAACUAUUUCUUUGAAUCACAGAUUAAUAUGGAAGCCAAACACAAGAAGACUUUCUCUCCUAAAACUGGAAAGAAUCUUACCCAGAAAGGAAAAGAUUCCACAGGGACCAAAUUUGGUGGGAAACAAAGCAGUAAACCAGGUGGCAAAAGACCUUUCAAAUCACACAACAACACAGAGAAGAAAAGCAAACCUGGGAAGGCCAGAGAUGGUGGAAAGAAAGAACACAAACCAGCUUUUCAGAAAGCUGGGAAAAGACCACAGGGGAAGCGAAAACAUCCAGGAGAUGAAGGUCCGAUGGCUAAGAAGGUGAAGAAAGGUGAGUUUAAAGGAGAGAAGAAGAAGUUGACAAAGGAGGAGCUUAAGUUGAACAGGCAGCAGAGGAAGAAGGACCUGAAGAAGAGCAGGCAGCAAGCAGAGAGGAAGGACAUGUUUGAGAUCAUUUCUCAGUCCAAACAUGUGUGGGAAAACCUCAGGAGGAAGAAAUGUGAUGAUGAGACGAAGAAGAAACUGAUGAAGGAGCUUCAUAAUCUGAUCCGAGGGAAGAUCAGGCAGAUGGCGUUUGCCCACGACUCGGUGCGAGUGCUGCAGUGUUUCAUCCAGUUUGCCAGCCAUAAACAGAGACUGGAAAUGUUAGAGGAAAUAAAAGAUAGCAUCCUCUCUUUGUGCAAGUCUCAGUACGGCAAACAUGUUGUAAAAAAGCUCCUCAUGUACGGGAACAAGGAGCUGGUGGCGGCUGUGAUCCAGACAUUUAAGGGUCACGUGAAGCAGAUGCUUCGUCACGCCCGCGCCUCGCUCAUCGUAGAAUACGCCUACAAUGACAAAGCCGUGCUCGCUCAGAGGCUCCUGAUCACUGACGAGCUGUACGGGAACACCUACGCCGUCUGCAAGUCAGUAGAGCGAAGCACCAUUGAGAAAGUGAUUAAUGCUAACCCGGACAAGCGGAACAGCAUCCUAGAUGAGAUGAAGCAGAUCAUCACCCCCAUGGCGCAGAAAGAACAAGUGAUCAAACACUCGGUGGUCCACAAAGUCUUCCUGGACUUCUUCCUCUUCGCCCCCGACAAACAGAGAUCAGAGAUGAUCGAGUCCAUCAGAGAGGCCGUCGUCUACAUGGCUCACACACACGACGGAGCCCGAGUGGCCAUGCACUGUCUGUGGCACGGUACAGCCAAGGACAGAAAAAUCAUCAUCAAAACGAUGAAGACGUACAUGGUGAAGUUUGCCACGGGGGAGUUCGGUCACCUGGUUCUUCUGGCCAUAUUCGACUGUGUGGACGACACCAAGCUGGUCAGACAAGUAGUUCUCUCGGAGAUUUUAUCGUCUCUGGAUGAGGUCAUCAAUAAUAAGUAUGGUAAGAAGGUCCUCUUGUACCUGCUGAGCCCCCGAGACCCGGCUCACCUGCUGCCAGAGAUCAUCAAGAUGUUGGAGCAAGGAGACGGAAACGCACACAGUAAAAAAGACCAAAAGACUCGAAGGAAAGAGCUUCUGGAAGCCGUCUCUCCUGCACUGCUGGAUUACCUCCGCGAACACGCCGCUGCCAUGGUGAUGGACAAAGCAACCAGCGUCACCAUCAGUGACAUCUUGGCGUCGGCCUGCGGGGACCUGCGGCCCGCCAUGACGGCCGUGGCUCAGCUGGCCAAUCAAAAGCUGGUUCCAGGAGGGACCAAUGGAGAGCUUCACAUCGCAGAGCAUCCAGCAGGACACCUGGUGCUCAGAUGGCUCAUAGAGCAGGACGUCAUGUUGGCAGAAGCCGGCAAGGAAGAGCGGUUCGGCCGGAUUCUGGUGGACACGAUUGGAACGGAGACGAUGAAGAGCUGGGUGAAGGUCAACAGAGGAGCCUUGGUGCUCUGCAGCCUGCUGAACAGCUGCGACAAGUCUGUGGCUGCAGAGGUGAAGGCGGCGUUGGAGUCCAUCCGAUCAGAGCUCAGCAGCAUCAGCGGCAAUAAAGGAGUUGAAAUCCUGCUGGAGAAUCUGAACAAGUAGAGUUUUUACUUCUAACAGACUGAUGGUGGUAAAAGCAUCACUGUAUCUGCUGCAGGAAACAGAACCAGGAUACGUCCACGAGGAAGAACCUUUCAGGAAGUCGACCUGAAACACUGCUGUGGGGUUUCAUCCUCUGAGAAUAUUUGGCAGAGAGACUUUACAGGAUCUGUUUAGUCAUUUUUAUAUUUGCAGAACCAAAAUAUUUCAGUGAUUAAACUGGUAGGCCGAGUUCACGUGUUCACAAAGUCGUUAUCCGGUUCAGAUCUUUAAAAUUUUCUAUGUUGGUGAUUAAAAAAUGAAAAAAAUUCAUCGGAAAAAAAAAAAACUAUUAUAAAAUAAAGAUUAUUGUGA